UUUGUACGAGGUCGUUGAAGAUAAUUCACAGCCACAUACUCUUUCCAAAGAGUCAAAGGAAAGCCUAUUUUACCGGCACCAUGUCUCUCUUCGGUGCUCCCAAGCCUGCUACGUCCGGGUUUAGCUUCGGUCAAGCGCCAGCAGCCGCCAAUCCUCCAGCCGCUCCUACAUUUGGAGGAUUCGGAACUCAGCCUGCUUCGACUUCGACGGCUCCUGCUACGGGAUCGCUAUUCGGUGGGGCUCAACCUCAACAACAGCAACAGCAGCAGCCUGCCGGGGGUUUGUUUGGCAGUCAAGCCGGAACGACGGGCCAACAACAGGGAUCAUCAGGAGGACUAUUCGGGUUGGGACAGAGCACCUCGAGCAAUAACCAACAGCAGCAACAGCAACAGAAUGGAACGACGUCUGGCGGCUUGUUCGGUGGUGGGAGUUCGUUCGGCGGGUUCGGGGCCAACAAGACUGCUUCGACGAUCGGGUCUACCUUUGGGCAGCAACAGGGUGGUCAACAACAACUGGGACAGUCGCAAUUACAGCAGUCGCAAUUCUCUCAGCAACAACAGCAGCAGGCACCGCAACAGCAACAGUUGCCACCCUGGUCAAGCGGUUCGGGGAUCCAGCUAGAAUCGGUCUUUCAGGUGGAUAUCCCUGGAGACAUGUUGUUCGAAGAUAUCGAGAAGAAGUUUCCGGAUACCGCCAAGGCUAUCUUGAUGAUCGAGGAGUCAUUACAGCGAGAGAGGAACGUACGGGAGAGCAUCGAUGUAAAAGAGCUGGGGACGAGGUUGACACAGGACCGAUCAGAGAUCAGCACGCUUUCUUCCGGCAUGCAAGUCCACCAACACUCGAUCAAGGAACUCCGACGACGCGUAGAUCGACUAGCUCAGCAGGCCGAGGAGAUCAACAAUGUCUGGCAGACGUGCGUGGAGGUGCUCAAGACUGCGCACGAGCAGAAGGUCUCGGGCGGAAGCAUGGUCUCGCAGCAUGGUACAUUUUAUCGAGAUUUCUUUGCCAAGCUGGCGGAACAGAUGAAGGUGCAGAUGGGUCAAUACCGAAGAACGUUCGAGCAAAUCGAGAGACAACUCGUCGGGCUGAGUAGGGCUUCCAACAAGCCUACACCGCAAGCCAUCGCGCAAACGGUAUCGAACAACCAGAACACGAUCAUGGGUCUCGCGAGCGACAUGGCGAGCUUGGAAGAACGAAUCAAGAACUUGUCGGCUCAUUAUCGACAAGCCUAUCGAUCAAAGAUGAACACGGUCGUCGACCCGUUCGUUAUCGCCCGAGCCGAGGCUGGAGAACCGCCGUUGGGUCAUAGCGGGCAGAGGGGUGAGAGGAGCCUCGACGACAACCUCGGCGAGCUGAGGAUGGGUUGAGCUCGAGAUCAGACCAUGUGUACAUGAGGGUGGGCAGUGUAUUUUAUGAUCAUGUAGCGAUCGAGCGGUCCGGAUACAAGUGUUGGCCAAGGUAGCGCGCUUUCUCUUGGCGGUCGCCGGGGUGAAUCGUCAGAUUUCAGCAACAUAUGACGUAUUCGAAACCACUUGCACUUGAGGAGGUUCAUAUAUGCAC